CAGAGCGGUCCAAUCGCUGGCCGCGGGACCCCGGCGAGCCAAUCGGGGCGCAGCGCCUGCGGCGCCCGGACGCGGCGUCUCGUUUUUCCCGCGAAACUCGGCGGCGGAGCGCGGACGUCCUUGUGUGCCUGGACGUGCGGGAGCGGGGAGGCGCAGUCAUGUCGGGCUUCGACGACCCCGGCAUCUUCUACAGCGACAGCUUCGGGGGGGACACCGCGGCCGACGAGGGGCAGGCCCGCAAAUCGCAGCUGCAGAGGCGCUUCAAGGAGUUCCUGCGCCAGUACCGAGUGGGCACCGACCGCACCGGCUUCACCUUCAAAUACAGGGAUGAGCUCAAGCGCCAUUACAAUCUGGGGGAGUACUGGGUCGAAGUGGAGAUGGAGGACCUGGCCAGCUUCGACGAGGACCUGGCCGACUACUUGUACAAGCAACCGGCCGAGCACUUGCAGCUGCUAGAGGAAGCUGCCAAGGAGGUGGCUGAUGAGGUGACCCGGCCCCGGCCCACGGGCGAGGAGGUGCUCCAGGACAUUCAGGUCAUGCUCAAGUCGGAUGCCAGCCCGUCCAGCAUUCGUAGCCUCAAGUCGGACAUGAUGUCGCACCUGGUGAAGAUCCCUGGCAUCAUCAUCUCGGCGUCCGGGGUCCGCGCCAAGGCCACCCGCAUCUCCAUCCAGUGCCGGAGCUGCCGCAACACGCUCAGCAACAUCGCCAUGCACCCGGGCCUGGAGGGCUACGCCCUGCCUAGGAAGUGCAACACGGAUCAAGCCGGGCGCCCCAAAUGCCCACUGGACCCAUAUUUUAUCAUGCCUGACAAGUGCAAGUGUGUGGACUUCCAGACUCUCAAGCUGCAGGAGCUGCCUGACGCAGUGCCUCACGGCGAGAUGCCCAGACACAUGCAGCUCUACUGUGACAGGUAUCUGUGUGACAGGGUUGUCCCUGGGAAUAGGGUCACCGUCAUGGGCAUCUACUCCAUCAAGAAGUUUGGCCUGACCUCCAGCAGGGGCCGUGACAGGGUGGGUGUGGGCAUCCGGAGCUCCUACAUCCGUGUCCUGGGCAUCCAGGUGGACACAGAUGGCUCUGGCCGCAGCUUUGCCGGGGCUGUGACCCCUCAGGAAGAGGAGGAGUUCCGACGCCUGGCCGCCCUCCCCAAUGUCUACGAGGUCAUCUCCAAAAGCAUCGCUCCAUCCAUCUUCGGGGGCACAGACAUGAAGAAGGCCAUCGCCUGCCUGCUGUUUGGGGGUUCCCGAAAGAGGCUCCCCGAUGGACUCACCCGCCGAGGAGACAUCAACCUGCUGAUGCUGGGGGACCCGGGCACGGCCAAGUCCCAGCUGCUAAAGUUUGUGGAGAAGUGUUCCCCCAUAGGGGUGUACACCUCUGGGAAAGGCAGCAGUGCGGCCGGCCUGACAGCCUCAGUGAUGAGGGACCCCUCGUCCCGGAACUUCAUCAUGGAAGGCGGAGCCAUGGUCCUGGCUGAUGGGGGGGUCGUCUGUAUUGACGAGUUUGACAAGAUGCGGGAAGACGACCGAGUGGCGAUCCACGAGGCCAUGGAGCAGCAGACCAUCUCUAUAGCCAAGGCUGGGAUCACCACCACCCUCAACUCCCGCUGCUCCGUCCUGGCUGCCGCCAACUCGGUGUUCGGUCGCUGGGAUGAGACGAAGGGGGAGGACAACAUCGACUUUAUGCCCACCAUCUUGUCCCGCUUUGACAUGAUCUUCAUCGUCAAGGACGAGCACAAUGAAGAGAGGGAUGUGAUGCUGGCCAAACACGUCAUCACUCUGCACGUGAGUGCACUGACCCAGACCCAGGCCGUGGAGGGUGAGGUCGACCUGGCCAAGCUGAAGAAGUUCAUUGCCUACUGCCGAGCGAAGUGUGGCCCCCGGCUGUCGGCAGAGGCUGCAGAGAAACUGAAGAACCGGUACAUCAUCAUGCGAAGCGGAGCCCGUCAGCAUGAGCGGGACAUCGACCGCCGCUCCAACAUCCCCAUCACCGUGCGGCAGCUGGAGGCCGUCGUGCGCAUCGCGGAGGCCCUCAGCAAGAUGAAGCUGCAGCCUUUCGCCACGGAGGCCGACGUGGAAGAGGCUCUGCGGCUCUUCCAGGUGUCCACGCUGGAUGCUGCCAUGUCCGGCACUCUGUCAGGGGUGGAGGGCUUUACCAGCCAGGAGGACCAGGAGCUGCUGAGCCGCAUCGAGAAGCAGCUUAAGCGCCGCUUUGCCAUCGGCUCCCAGGUGUCCGAGCACAGCAUCAUCCAGGACUUCACCAAGCAGAAAUACCCGGAGCAUGCCAUCCACAAGGUCCUGCAGCUCAUGCUACGACGGGGCGAGAUCCAGCAUCGUAUGCAGCGCAAGGUCCUCUACCGCCUCAAGUGAGCCCCCGUGGCCCCACGGACUUGCCCAGGCCUCCUGCGCGUCACCCCCCCACCCCCCGGGGAGCCUCCCCGCCCCCCACCGCCUCAAGUGAGCCCCCGUGGCCCCACGGACUUGCCCAGGCCUCCUGCGCGUCACCCCCCCCACCCCCCGGGGAGCCUCCCCCACCCCCCACCGCCUCAAGUGAGCCCCCGUGGCCCCACGGACUUGCCCAGGCCUCCUGCGCGUCACCCCCCCACCCCCCGGGGAGCCUCCCCGCCCCCCACCGCCUCAAGUGAGCCCCCGUGGCCCCACGGACUUGCCCAGGCCUCCUGCGCGUCACCCCCCCACCCCCCGGGGAGCCUCCCCGCCCCCCACCGCCUCAAGUGAGCCCCCGUGGCCCCACGGACUUGCCCAGGCCUCCUGCGCGUCACCCCCCCCACCCCCCGGGGAGCCUCCCCCACCCCCCACCGCCUCAAGUGAGCCCCCGUGGCCCCACGGACUUGCCCAGGCCUCCUGCGCGUCACCCCCCCCACCCCCCGGGGAGCCUCCCCGCCCCCCACCGCCUCAAGUGAGCCCCCGUGGCCCCACGGACUUGCCCAGGCCUCCUGCGCGUCACCCCCCCCACCCCCCGGGGAGCCUCCCCCACCCCCCACCGCCUCAAGUGAGCCCCCGUGGCCCCACGGACUUGCCCAGGCCUCCUGCGCGUCACCCCCCCACCCCCCGGGGAGCCUCCCCGCCCCCCACCGCCUCAAGUGAGCCCCCGUGGCCCCACGGACUUGCCCAGGCCUCCUGCGCGUCACCCCCCCCACCCCCCGGGGAGCCUCCCCCACCCCCCACCGCCUCAAGUGAGCCCCCGUGGCCCCACGGACUUGCCCAGGCCUCCUGCGCGUCACCCCCCCACCCCCCGGGGAGCCUCCCCCCCCCCCCACCGCCUCAAGUGAGCCCCCGUGGCCCCACGGACUUGCCCAGGCCUCCUGCGCGUCACCCCCCCACCCCCCGGGGAGCCUCCCCCCCCCCCCACCGCCUCAAGUGAGCCCCCGUGGCCCCACGGACUUGCCCAGGCCUCCUGCGCGUCACCCCCCCCACCCCCCGGGGAGCCUCCCCGCCCCCCACCGCCUCAAGUGAGCCCCCGUGGCCCCACGGACUUGCCCAGGCCUCCUGCGCGUCACCCCCCCACCCCCCGGGGAGCCUCCCCGCCCCCCACCGCCUCAAGUGAGCCCCCGUGGCCCCACGGACUUGCCCAGGCCUCCUGCGCGUCACCCCCCCACCCCCCGGGGAGCCUCCCCGCCCCCCACCGCCUCAAGUGAGCCCCCGUGGCCCCACGGACUUGCCCAGGCCUCCUGCGCGUCACCCCCCCACCCCCCGGGGAGCCUCCCCGCCCCCCACCGCCUCAAGUGAGCCCCCGUGGCCCCACGGACUUGCCCAGGCCUCCUGCGCGUCACCCCCCCCACCCCCCGGGGAGCCUCCCCCCCCCCCACCGCCUCAAGUGAGCCCCCGUGGCCCCACAGACUUGCCCAGGCCUCCUGCGCGUCACCCCCCCCACCCCCCCGGGGACGUCGCUGUCCUCGCCACCGGCGUCUUGAACUGCCCCCUGCGCUCCACCCCCCCCCAGUGCAGGGGGCCCCAGCUGCCCCCCAGGAAGGCGCUUUCUGCCUGCCUCGCUGCCUCUGGGCAUCUGCUCCUGGCGCAGGGCCAGGAGAUGUGCUUUGGAAGACUGUGGAACUAAUAAAGCCGUGGUGUGUGUGCA